CCUAAGGGACUUCUCCCGGAAKURCSUCCUUCUAAGCACUAUAACUUUCUUUCAUUUCUAUAUCGUGAUCAGGCAUAGUUGACUUGGCCAAAGUAAAUAACUCGUUGAUAUCGCCUUAAAAAACGGCCACGAAGGAGUUUCUCCCCAAAUAAAAUCGUAUUAGUUAGUUUAAAUGCUUGUAGACGGAGUUUUGGUUCAAAAUAGUGAUGUAAAACCGUAAAAUAAAGAUAAAACGURGAGAGCUCUGAGAAAUCGUGCAGCCGUGACCGUGGCGCUUACAUCAUCUUAUGGGUUCGCACAUGGAGCACACAAUAUUUUACUGUGCAUGUCAUUACAUACGAAUAUUAUUACAUCCCAAUUUUUUUGACUAAUGUUUCAAAACUAAAGAAUAAAGUGUUUAAAUAUAAAUCCCAAAAAUUGUCCAAUAUUCUAUGACUAACAAAUAAAAUACAAAGUUUAUAGCACACAGUAUUGAAGCAACGUGAAAUAACUAAAGUGAAAUAAUGUGAGAUACAACGAAAGGACAAAGAAACUAAACGCGCAAAAUAUAUACAAGUAUUCGUGUAGUACACUACGUUGUAUUUCACGUGUUUAUGAAAGUCGACAUUGGCGGACUACAUGUACUAAAAAUGGCUCUAUGUUUUGAAACACAGCAAAUUCGCCCCAUGUAAGAGAAUCCAGAGAACUAGAGGAUUCCGGAUUCCAAGCGCUGGAUUCCGGAUUCMGAAACAUUGGAUUCCGGAUUUCAAGCCUUGGGAUUCCGGAUUCCAAAGAAUUUUUGUUUUAGAAUCUGUAUAAUAAAUGGCCUGAUUUUCAAGGUUUUUUUUUUCUGAAAAUUUUAUAUUCAGCGUGUCAGCAGCCUGCGCAGGGGCGUCAGCGGGACGAUGUCCUAUGUGUUUUUUAGAUAUCAAAAUUUUUGCUGGAUUCCAGAUUAUGGAUUCCAAAUAUUUGGAUUCCGGAUUCCAGGAUAGGGAUUCCGGAUUCCAAAGCUGUUUUUUUAGUGGAUUCCGGAUUCCGGAUUCUCUUACACGGGGCGAGCAAAUGGAUAGUUAUAAGUUCCGAUGUCUCCUUCCUAUUUUACUUGUACAACAACCUUCAUGGCUUCCACCCAGUGAAAUUGAACAUAAUAGACAAAAGCUCUGAAAUAUAUGGGCUUGCUGUAUGGGGACCCACAUUUGGACGAGGGCAGGAACUUUAUAUCGUCAGUGGGGCCUUUGAUAGAGUAAACUCACUUACCCAUGCAAAGUCAUAUGAAACACCAAAAUGCACAAACGAGGAGAAAUGCAAGUUUAUAUGGUAGACACCUAUCAAUUCUUUGUUCAUGACAUUGAGAUGUUUUACGAGAUGGACGGAAGUACUAGAGCCAGGUAGCACCGCUCGGAACGGGUCUCAUGAUAGGUUGAGAAAACAAUGGACAAACAAUAGAUAAGCCUUCCAACAAUAUAACAAAACCUAACCUAACAAUAGUGGUGCUGUACUUAAGGAGCAAUCAAAAAGCAGGUUUCAAUUGGUACUGCAUUACUGAAGUACUAUGUAAAAUCAACUUUAACCAAUCGGGUGCCGUGUUAUAUUUGCGCGUACUGUGAUUGGUUGUCUAAAAAUAACCACAUCUGAUGGUGAUAGGUUGUUGUAGGGAUGGACACUUGUAGUUAUGUACUUUAUCACACCAAUCUCACUAAACUAAAAUCAACAUAUUGGACAUCGCUGAAAUUAACUGCAAAUUUCGUAAUAAUUGUAUACAUUAUUCAGAAUCUUUCUGUAAAAAGAAAGGUAUCGAAAUAAGCUAAAACAAGCACAAGGGCUAUGUAAACAUAAAGGGGGGACAGUUGGUUCCUGAGAGAAAUAAAUCUGUUCUUAUGCUCCGCCCAGGAGUAAUUAGAAUACGUGUUUGCGAGCAAGGCCACGGUACGGACAUCCAGAAAUAACCAAUUCCCAGAAUCCCAUUUCCAGGAAACUAUAAUUGUAUAAAAGCAGUUAAUUAGAAGAACGGAAGUCGCCAACCUCUCCUUAAUAUUGCUUUUGUGACGAUUUCUAAAAUUUGAUGGCUUGUACAUAUCGCCCAAAUGUCAAGCACAUCGAAAAAAUAAACGAAAAGAAUGAACAAAUAGAGCUAUUAUAUGUAACUAACCAGUAAUAGUACUUCUUUUCCAUUAAUACGUAUGUAAUUACGUAUGAGAAUGUUAAUAGUUUAGGCGACGGUUUUGAACGCCACUUUGUAUAGGCAAAGUCUCGCAAAAUAACUAGGAUACAGUGUGAAAUCGAAAAGUUCCAGUUGAAUUCCUAUUCUGAAAGACUCAUCAAUUCUCUACGAAAAUGAGUUAACUGACGAGUUUUGAUCUAAGGAGCCAGUAAACUCAUUUUUAAUUCUCCAUACAUUUCUUUGUAUUUUUCACGAGUGUCAAUAUAUUCUUGUUAUUUUACGAGACUUUGCCUACCCAAGCGAAAUGGUGUGAAAACCUUCACUUGAUCUAUUGAAAGGUGUUUAAUCUUUGUCACGAAUUCGGCUAAACAUCGAUAAACUGGCUUCCUUUCCCGUAAAACAACCCAUGAAGUCUGCAGAGAGUGGACGUGACAUUGAAACCAUAAUGUAGAAGCAAGCAUCCAAACCCUAUAAUCAUGCUCUGUAAAUUAUCACUGUUAUUGAUGAAAAACUCAGAGAAAGUUACGUUGCGUGACUACGUAUGCUAAUUAACGUUUCGUGGCGCGAUACGAUAUGCAUGAGUUAAAUGUCGCUUUUUCAACAUCGAUCAAUUUCUAAUAUUUAAGAAAAUGUCCUAAUAUUUCUGAGAAAUGUGAAGAAAAACACAACAAACGUACACAAUGUAAUUAUCUUUCUUUCAAUUUUUCGUUAACUAAUAAAAAUCUCACAAGACCUCCGUUUGGGCUACCUGUGAUAUUAAAUUAUUCUAUGACCUUAACGUUCAAGCCAAAAAACUGCAAGGGUCUACUAGCCACGAUUGUCUGUAUGCAAAUUGAGCGUUUCGUCGAUGCUGAGGCGAUUGUUGUAAUAAGUAUGUGACUCUUCGAUCCUAAAUCUCCUACUUUGAGACGCCGUUAUGUUCUAUGGAACUCGGAUGGCAUGGAGAUGGCUUUAUUUCUUAGUAAAAGAAAUGCCUGGCGGACUGCUGCACAUUCAGUGAAUGUGAGUCAUUGGUGAGUGCUGUGUGCUCACUAUGUUACAAGAAGCAAACUACGGAAGCAUGCAUCUAUAUAUCUUUCUGACAUAAUUUACUACAUCUUCAUCACAAAAAAUCAACUUUCCAUGUUUUUUAUCAAAAAUGAGCGAAGUCGUUGUGCCUGACAAAUUAAAUCGGCUGUUCGUGAGCUAUAGCGACAGUUUCUCCAAAGCGGAAGCAACUGAAAUCAUCGCCGAUUUAAGAACGAAGCAACUCCAUCCAAAAUCCGACUCAUUGGAAUCUGAUGAUUUGUAUGGAACAUUAAAAGAGCUUUACAAGACUGGAAAAAUCGAUAUCGACGAUUUCGCUAUGUUAGAAUUGAUGGCUGGUAAAGACCGUGUAACCAAAGUAACUUCACUAAUAAACGACUACAAGCGAUCUCACGUUACUUCAAAGGAUGACGGACUAAUUGGCCGAAACCAAGACAGGAAACGGCUACUCGAAUACUUGACAGAUAAGGAAAAUCACGCAAUAGGCCUUUAUGGACCUUCAGGAGUUGGAAAAACCAAACUUGCCAGGAGUGUUGGAUCUGAGCUCGAAAGGGAUUCCUGGGUAGUGUUAACUUUUGAUGCACGAGAUUUGAAAGACGUUAGUAGUUUAUACAUGUGCAUUCUUUAUGAGUUGGGUCUAACCACUCUUGCUAGGAAUGUGCAGGAAAUGCAGAAAGAACAGUCCUUAGCAGACAUGGAAAAAAUGCGAAUAUUAUGUGAUUUGAGUGAUAAAAGUUCGCAUUCAAAAACUCUGUUGAUUUUUGACAAUAUUGAGGAAAAACUCGUUAUAAAUGACAAACAAUUUUCGACCUUCAUAAAUGACAUUACUAACUUGCCAGUUUGUGACAAGGGAUCGCUGAAAAGUAUUAUCACUUCCACAGAAGAUCUUCACAGUUAUUUUGAUUUGGUUAAACCUCAACUUCUUAAACCGUUACCAGACAGAGAAUCGAGUCAAUUCAUUUGCCGAAGCUCAAAACUCGGGCAAAAACCUGAUUUGAAUGAUGAAGAUGUCCAGGCACUUAGCAAGAUUUCUGAAUAUUGCAGACGACUUCCAUAUCUCCUAGAAGGCGCUGAGCAGAUCAUGAGAAAUGGUUUUAUCUCUCCAUUACAACUACUGCAACAAAUUGAAGCACAAAUCGAGAAAGGAGUUCCAGAGAAUUUUGCUCUAACUGCUACACAAUUUGAUUCGAUCUCUAAUGAACGCCUUAAAGAGCUUGCAGUGAAGAUAUGUGUAUUCCAAAGGCCAUUUUCAGCGUCUGCAGUAACCAAAGUUGCAGAAAUCAGUCCAGACUUUGCUGCGAUUGAUCUUGAAUAUUUAGUCAAGCACAGAGUUGUCACAAAGACAACAUCUGACAAAAAAGCAAGAUAUGACGUCCAUUCUUUAUUCAAAGACUUUGUUGCUUCUUACCUAAGAAAAAAUAUUUCAAUUUAUGAUGAAGUUUACCAGAGAGCAGAGAAAAUGUUUGGAAUGCAUUUUGUAGACAAAUUGGUGGAACUAGCUAAUCAUCUAGAGAAAGAUUUCACAAAAGUUUACAAGAAGAUGGACAAAAACAGGUUAAACUUUGAAAUGGCUCUUCAAUUGUCAACUAAAAAUAAGGAAAUCCUGGAGCAGCUACUCCACAUCAAGUACCACGAGAACAUUUGCCGUGUUGCAAUGCUGCUGGAAUCGUUGAAGAGCAUCAGUGAAAGGCGGAGAUUGUUUAAAACAUGGGCAGACAUUUUGGAAAAUGAAGGAAACCUGAUGAAUAGUGCUAAUAUGAGGUGUUGGGAAUCGAUUCAACUUGCUGACAUUGAAGGAACAGCUUCAUCGGAAAGAAUACUUAAACAAGCUGAAGCAUGCCUAAAGCAAGCAUCGGACCAUCCAUCUCUGGAUGUUGAGCAGUUUUCUGCCAUUAAAGGCCUAUUUCUUUAUUGCGAAGGAAAUCUAUACUACAGGAAACACGUGAACCUUUCCAAACAAGAAAAGAAUAAGCAUGGACUAAUUGAAAAUGCUCUGAGGAAACUUGAGGGGUCGUUAGAAUUCCACAAGCAGAUUUAUGGUGAAGAUCAUACAAUGAUUGUCAGGAUACGUAACAUGAUUGGAAACUGUUACAUGGAGAAGGAAGAACCAGACACAGCUGAAAAGUAUUACUCGGAAGCAUUAGAAAUGAUGAAAAGGCUCACGAAUGGAACUGAAAACCACAGUGAAAUACCAACAUUUUAUAACCAACUGUCACAAGUUUAUAAGAAACUUGGUGAUUUAGAAAGAAAGGAAGAAAAAAAAAAAUUUCAUCAUAAAAGUAACGCCAUUUACGAGAAGGCAGUUGAGUCAUUGAACUGUGCACUUCAACUAAAUGAACAACUUAACUUGAGCGACACUUUAAGCACCGCGACUUUCAACCGAAAUUUAGCUAACGUCUCCAUGGCUCUUAAAAGGUACGAUGRAGCGUUAAAAUACGCCGAGAAAGCCCACAAACUUAGAAAUAGACUGCUUGGUAAACAUCCCGAAACAGUCAGGAUUCUGUACCUGAUGGGGGUCAUCAACGAAUGGAGAAAAGAUAUACGUGCAGCACUACAAUGUUAUGAAGAAGCAUUCAACAUGGAGGAGCUGUUACCGUUAGAAAACCACACUAGUCCUGACAUUGUUACUAAGCUUGUUAAUGGACUUAAAAAAAUGUGCGGAAAAUGCAACGAGAAGAGAAAGCUCCAAGAGUAUAGUACCAGAAUAUAUCAACUGCAGGAGACAAUUAAGAAACAGCCAGCUAAAGAGCAGCCUCGGGAAGUAGACGAGAAAGAGCUUUUAGUAGACAAGCGAGGUGGAUUGUACAAAGUUCCUAGCCAUGGCUUUAUCCUUCACAUCCCUCAAGACGCCUUCAAAGACAAGACGCAGAUAACAUACAAUCAUCCUCCAGUUGAUUCUCUUCCUUCUCCAGCUAAAGACAUGGAGGUUGUUGUGAGCUUCAUUGUAAAAUUGGGACCGUCUAAUGCCGUUCCUCUGAAACCCAUCACUAUCACGCUAAUGCACUCUGGGAUUGUAGGAGUACCUGAAUAUGAAAACAUUGUAAUGGCGUUUGAUGCAAACACACAAACAUGGGAAGAAUUGCAAGAAAUCAAAGACAAAUCGCUGCUUCCCACUCCCAUGGAAGACAGCCCAGCAAGUUUUAUACAAGCACGGCUGACCAAACUGACUGCAGUGACAGUGGUUUCCAGACUCGUUACAGACUCAUUCGACUUCAUAGUAGACAAGCAAGGUGGAUUGUACAGUGUUCCUAGCCAUGGCUUUAUCCUUCACAUCCCUCAAGACGCCUUCAAAGACAAGACGCAGAUAACAUACAAUCAUCUUCCAGAUCAUUUUUUUCCUUCUCCAGCUAAAGAUAUGGAGGCUGUCGUAAGCUUCAUUGUAAAAUUAGGACCGUCUAAUGCCGUUCCUCUGAAACCCAUCACUAUCACGCUAAUGCACUCUGGGAUUGUAGGAAUACCUGCAUAUGAAAACAUUGUAAUGGCGUUUGAUGCAAACACACUUAAAUGGAAAGAAUUGCAAGAAAUCAAAGACAAAUCGCUGUUCCCCGCGGAAGACAGUCCAGCAAGUUUUAUCCAAGCACAGCUGACCAAACUGACUGCAGUAACAGUGGUUUCCAGACUCGUCACAGACUUAUUCGAGGUCCCCGUCAGCGGGCAACUUGUCAGGUCGUCAGUAUGUCAAGACGUCACAGUGGAGUUUCUUGAAGGAGCUGUUCAUAAACCCAUGAAGGGAAGUUUGAAGGUACUUCCUCCGCCCAAUGUUCUACCGAAGCACAUGGCUAAUGUUUACCUUUCACCAAUGGUAAUUGUCGAUGGGUUUGACGAUGUCACCUUAUCUAAAUCCGCAUUUUUAACUUUGCCUCACCAUUGUCCAUCUCAACGACCAGCGAGUCAAAUACACGUGAUGUGCUUCAAGGAGAACCAAUGGAUGGAAAUCACGAAAGGCGUCGAGUGCUCAGAAAUAAGCGAGACAAGGAUGGGAAUACGUAUGAAUCACUUUAGUGGACUGGUGCUGUGGAUUGGACAAAUGAUACCUAUACCUAAUUUUCACGGUUUGUACGAAUGGUGGAGUGCGCAUCCUGAAAACGCUCGUUUAGGAGUAUACAUAUCGAAGAAUGUGCAUAUAGAUCCCAAUGAUUUCAAUCUGACACUUUUUUGUAGGCCAAGUCACAUUGAGAUAAGUUCAGAAAUGAGGGAAUUAUAUGUGAAAUUGGGAGGGAAAACAUGUACAAUGAAAAUAAAUGAAGAAGCAUCUAUUGGAGUUGAAGGUGAUUACAUACUUCAAGAAGACGUCAUUCUCAAGUUUGUAAAGGCAAACGACUGUGAAAGACAACUGAAUCUCAUAAGGAAUACUGAUGCAGAGGGAUCAAAAAUAAAAAUAAAAAUAAAGUUGUUUUCAAUAACAUAUGACAGACCUCUUGAAGAACUUACUGUAAAUGUACCCGUAGAUCAGUUUACAAAUAGGGAUAAUGCUGACUCGCAGGCAUCUAAUCGUGAGAAUAAAGUCAUACAAGAUCCAACUUCCGAUGUGUACAGGAUGAAAAGUGACCCAAGAGGAUUGAUGGUCAUCAUUAACAUGCAGAAAUUUGCUGUUGAUCGUACACUUGAGAACCGAGAGGAGCUCAUGAAAGAAUUAACCGACCGCAAAGGUUCUGAGAGGGAUGUUGAUAAACUAACUGAUCUUUUCAGUGGAAAGCUAAAGUUCAAAGUUUGCACCAUCAUAGACAAACCAAGAAAGGAACUUUUGGGAGAUCUGCGAAAAACUGUUGAAAACCCUGACUACAAAGAUUACGACUGUCUUGCAGUGUGCAUCAUGAGUCAUGGAAAAGACGACAAAUUCUACGCACACGAUGGAAACACAAUCAAAGUCUCAGCUAUUUACAACAUGUUCUCCAACUCGAAAUUUGAGGUUUUUCGCAACAAACCAAAACUAUUCUUCAUACAAGCAUGCCGUGGACGAAGGGGCAGUGGGUUUGUCGCAGCAGAUGGGCCAUCAGAAGAAUCUUCAGCACAGCAUCCACCUACAGAGAGCAAAGAUCUUGAUAUGGCAGACAUGCUCAUCGCUUACUCUAGUUUUGAAGAUUACAUUUCAUACCGACACACGGAAGAAGGAAGCUAUUUCAUCCAAAGCUUGGUUUCAAUUUUAAGACAAUAUGCAGAUUCAGAACAUGUAGAGGAGAUAUUGACAAGAGUAAAAAAUGAAGUUCACAGGCUUAUACAAGAGACAUCGCAAGGCCAAACACAAGUCCCAGCUCCUGUAUCAACACUCCGCAAAAAAUUGUAUUUCAGGAAUACUUAGAUGUGAAGAUGGUGAAUCGCAGCCAAAUUCAGUCUCAGCAAUUUGUAACAUGUUCUCCAACUCGAAACCGCUAUUUUUCGUACAAGCUUGUCGUGGCGAAAGGGGAGGUGGGCUCUUGGACGUAGCCGAUCGUUCAAUCAUAUAUUCAUUAUAAUUUAAGGAAUAAGAUUCUGUAUAAAUAUAAACGACUUCUUAAAUAGAAUAAAUUGAAGAAAAAGGCACACAA